UUGAAAGCAGCUGAGAGCAGUGUACGAGUAGGUCAUACCACAGAGGAGGAGAGGUAGUUCGCGUUCAGCAAACGGCUCGUCCGUUCGGUUGGACGAAACGUAAAACAGUCGUUCGACCGGCACUACUACGCUCUACGUUCGUAUCAAAUCGAGACGAGUUCUCGGUUCUCCGUUCUUAAAUUUCCCUGGUGGCUGGUGGUGUCGUCGUAAUUUUCGUCCUCGUCCUCGUCCUCGUCCUCGUCCUCGUCCUUCUCGUUGUCAGCGCUGUUUCCGCGAAAGAGGACGGAUCCUCGAGGAUCGAGAAAAAUGGAUACUCGCCUAGCGAAGAGCAAUGGCUGAACGUCUCGUUCGCGAGAUCGAGAAACCUUUGUCGAUCGUUUGCCAAGAUUAUGAAUUGUCGCGGCUAAUUGCUUGAUCGCGCUCGCUUUCCUCCGAGGAAAGCAUCGUUCGACGGAAAAGAUAUUCCGUGUCUUCGGUGUACGGACAGCAAGGAUUUCCCCUCAGCGAAGACACGAAGAAUCUUUUCGCCCUCUUUCGCCCUCCCGGUCCCGUUUCGUUGUCCGAUCUUCGAUCGGUACCCUGAUCGCGUCGCGACAAACUUCGAAUUCGAAAACACGAGCAGAAAGAAGUUGAAGAAGUUGAAGAAGAACGAAGAAUACAGAGAGACGAAUGAAGGAGGAAAAGAAGGAUCUUUUGUUCGACGAACUGACUGGAAAACAAACGAAAGGCGAGAAAUCCUUUGUACGUGCGAGGAAACAAGAGCGGAAAGAAAGAGACAAAGGGUUUAGAAACGACGUGGAAAAUAUAACCGAACACUCACGCAAUAAAUUGUUAUCGUUGAUCGUUACUCGUCUGUUGUUAAUCGUAAAUCUUAUUGUUGAAACGUUAUCUCGUCGAAACAUUUCACGUUAAACAUUACCCUAAAAUAAGAUCUCGUUACCUUCUUUCAUCGAUUCAACGUUUUCUAUUGUCUUCGAUUUGAAAAGGGAAAAAAUCAAAAGCAGCGAGGAAGAAAAUCGAUCGGCGUCGACCAGGAUCGAAAGAAAAAAGAAAUCGACGCGAGGGAAAGUGGAAGAUAAUAAGAUUCAGAUAAGAGAGAACGAGUGAUCCAGAAGAAGGGGUAGAGUUGGGGUAGGUAGUGGCGAGUGCAAGUAGGGGUGAAGGAUAAACUAAAGAAGGGAAAGGAAGGUGAAUUACCUGUUUAUGCGCGCAAGAGUAUCGAGUCUGAGGACGGUUCGAGUGGAUCUUGAGCGGCAAACGAUCGGGAAGAGGAGGAGGAGGAGGAGGAGGAGGAGGAGGAGGAGGAACGAGGAACGAGAGGACGGAGAAGAUGUUUGGCAGAGGACGAACGACGAUCGAAUGAUGCGAUACGGCUGGUCGGGAAACGUUUUAAACGUGGGAACGCAAAGAAGGGAAUAAAAAGGAAGAAAGGAAGGCUGGUAACGGCGCUUUGAUCGAAUCGGCGCACUUUGACACGUGUGUACGCGUAGUUUUGAAAGAAGCACGAGAAGAAGAGUAGGACGGCGAGGUUUGGAGCGGAGACGCGACGUCUAGUCGUAAUCGCACCGAUCGAUACGCGAUAUACGUAGACGUAUAUCGGUUACGGUGUAUCGAUCGGACGAAUAGGUGUAUCGAGCCGAGGAGGAUCGAUCGCGGCAAGCUGGAACCCGCGAAAGCCGAACGCGGCGGAUACUUGGUUCCUCAGUAGUUUCCUUCGCGGAACGAUCGAAUAUGGAAAUCGCAGCCUCUGCAAUGUUGGAUGGCCUGAAAAAUAAUCGAAUCAGCAAGUUGGCACUGUCGCGGUUCUUGUCGCAGAGUCUGUGAGUAAAUUAACUCGGCCGUUCGUCGAGCACGUAAUCGAUUCGACGCGGUACGAGUAAGCAGGGUGCUCGAAAGCAUCGGCACGUAGCGCGCAGUAAUUGAUUGCUUGGCUUUUCCUAUGCUUUAGCCGCGUUUCAUCGUCAUUCAGCCACUUUAAAUCGCAACGCGUAAUUCUCGACUCGCGUAUAUCGCGACCACUCGCUUUGCCGCGUUCCACGUCCUCGUGGCCGCUUCACCAUCGUCAAUUACGCUUACGAUCUACGCAUAUCACAGCUACGAUUCGUCCUGUACCGAUCGGCAAAAGGCAUCGAUCGUCGCCUAGCGGAGAGAAAAAAAUAAUAGUAAGAGAGGAAGGGGGCAGGUCGGGGAAGCAGAAGGGUGGAGGUAUUUCUUUUUUAAUUUGCAAAGUACGGGAACGCGUACAAAGUUUCGAUCGACGUACGACACGCGCGCGUAUUUCUAGAGAAACAGGGCCAUGCCCCGAGAGACACGCGUGCAUAACGUUAACUCUAAUCGAUCGUGCAUAAAAUCGUGUUUCGCCAGUUGAAACAGGCGCCGGUUCUAGCACGGUAAAUAUACCGUAGAUACAUUUACGCCCGCGUUUUUCUUUCAUCCCUACGCUAUUUCAGAACGUAUACUUUACGAGCUUCAACUUUGCCGACUGGCAGAAUUUUUGUCCCGUUUUUAUUCAGACCGUUUUUAGGAGCAACGGUGUAGACGGAGAACAGACGUGUUUACGCUUGCAACAGCUAGAACGAUCGAGCUGUUUUUCCGCUUGCGAUGAGAAAAAAAGUUGGAUCGAUCCGAGUGAACGAGGGAGAGCAGAUAUCGGGGAUGCCGGUACGGCAGACGAAUCAGUCGUGCCUCCGAGAUCGAUACAUUUCGUUCGAGGUUAUUUUGCUCGCGUUAUUCCCAGAUUACGUAAUCCGCGAGGACGCGUACUUUGCUGGAAAUUACUGAAAAUACCCGGGAGAAUCUAUAGAAAAGCGAAAGGGUAAAUAAAGGAAGGAUGGAAUAAAGAAAAAGUUUCCGAUGGGGUUGAGGGGGGCGCGCGUUUGCGCGACCGCUUCGAUUCGCGUGGUUCGUCGUGGAAACGAGGAAGACGAAGAAGGAGAAGGUUCUGCGCGCGUUACUCCGUUAAUCGGUAUUCGAAUCGCCCGUGGCGAUAGACCUUCUGACCGAGACAUCUACGCUAUCGCAUAUUUGACGUUCGGCCCGUUAAACGGCACGAGGACGAGUUCCCGCGGUUGCGCGCCACCACGACCCGUCUGCAACCCAUUUUCAUUUCUUUUAUUUCCCAUCCGGCUCUUUCCCGGCAACCAAGAUGCGAGUUGAAUCGAAAGGACACCGGGGCUGGCCCACUUUGUUCCCCGUUGCCUCGAGCUUUUAACGGCAAAGCAUCGGGAACAGGAAAAGAAAAAAAAAAAAAACGUCCGAUCGAUGCCAUUCCGUCCUUUCCGUUAGCUCGUACGGAAAACGACCUCGUCGAUUCGAAUUUUCGUUUCGCUCCGUCCUUCGAUUUUCUUUCGGUUACUUUUACCGCUGACUCCGUUCGAUUUCGAAUCAGUUAAAAAAAAAAAAAAAAAACAGAGAGAGAUCGCUAUCGGGGUGAUUGUGAAAAAGUUUCAUAUCGAUCGGCGCGAGUCGAGUACCGGUAUAGAGAGUAAUUCGUCAAAGAUAACCAGCGGAUCGAAGCAAGUUCGAGGGACAGCUCGAUUCGCGAUAAGGCAAGGAUUUUAUGGAAAGUGGUGGCGGAUCGAAGCGUAUGUAAAGGCGCGAGGGGGUGGAGAAAGCGGAGAGAUAGAGUAACAGAGAAAAUAGGAUAGGUUGAGGACAGGGGGUAAGGGGUUAGGGAAGAGGGGCCAGUAGCGACGGCGAUGGCGAUGGCGCGGUGUGCCGUUAGUGCCGGUGGUGGCGGUGGUGGUAGCGGCGUCGGCGGCGUCGGCGGCGUCGGCGGCGGCGAUGAUGAUGGUCAGAGAAUAAGGGCACGGAGAGGUAAAAGAGUAUUAGAGUGGGGGCUGGCGAGUGGAGAGAGGGAAGGUUUAGAGCUCGAGUGACGAGGAAAGAGCGGGUAGCAUAGAAAGAGAAGAAAGAGCGAGGGUGGAUGAGGAGUAAAGGGAAAAGUAGGGGAGGGAGCGUUUGAUCCCUGGUGCGUAGGAGAGGUUCCCCAUGGUGUCCGGAACUCGUUUGCCGAGCAUCGAGGUGGCGCCAAUGUAUCGAAAGCUGAAAGGCAUCGAUGCGUGUACCAGAGCGGUUAAGGGUUGCUUACCACCAUAGAAAAGUUCAGUCUGUGAUGCGACGCGUUUGCGAAUCGAAGAGGCAAACUCGCGCGUGUUUACCGCGAAAACUGCGAGAACGCGGUGCUCUGUGCUCGAUUUCCCUUCGAAUCGACCGCUUUCCUUCGUUCCACCUCCGAUUAACACAGGUAGACUCGAUCCAAUUUUUCCGAUUAUUUUCGACGUUUUCUCUGUACGAUCUUCUCCUCUACUUUCUCGCAUCUGUUGAAGACAAGGCGCGGCACAUGGAUAAGAGGGAUAAGGGUAUAGUGACAACUAGCGAUCGUUAACCACUCGAUUUUCUCGUUAAACGUCGGCUCGACGAGUCCUAGGGAUAUACGGAGUAACAGGUGGUUAAGUAGCGGAACUUGGCAGUGAUCAAGCGGCGAGAAUACUUUUCGUCUCGGCGGCGUCGUCGUCGCUUUGUUUUGUCAUCCUCGGAAUUCAUAGUUAACCCUUUACAACUGCGCAACCUUUUAACACGAUACGCGCAUUGUACGCUCAAUUUUCUCAGCUCGUUUCUUCGCUGCCUAUCGAAAGAACUCGAUGAUCGUUUUCUCUUCAGCUUCGUUUGCGAAAACGAUGCUGAUUAAACAGUGGCUGGUUUUCGUCGAGAUUCGAACGACAGGUUGGCAAGUCGCGAUAAAGCAUUUUUCCUUGCCCUCGUAAAAUUUAUAGCCGCGUGCACAGCGACUAGGAACCUGUUGCUUGAACGUUCUUCGGCAUUGACCGAGCCGCAUCACGGCCAGGAACUCUCUUACCUUUGUUGUGCGCGUGCGUUUCGAUCGAUCGUCUCGCUCGUAAUUUGCUCUCGUGCCAAAAACUCCAACUUUUCGCCACCGAGGAAAGACGAAAAUAGUCUUUCCAAGGGACGCGUCGCUUCGUUGACUUCCUUCCCUUUACAAAGGACGCGACGAGAGCUUGCUCUAUGUAGUACCUCACGGUCAUCGAUUCGAGCCUUUCGUUGAUAAAGAAACGGAUGAUAGUCCGAUAGCAGUGAAAAAGCAGAGAGAGGAGAGAGACGAAAAGGGAGAAAGAGAUAUAUAGAGAGAGAGAGAGAGGAAAAGAACGUACAGUGAAAGGAAGGUAGGAAGCCUUCGACGUGGACCGAAGGUACCAAUCGGUCGGCUCUGUUUUUAGUGCUAGACGUGUGGCCGUGAUCGUUAUUAAUUAACAUUAACGCGAUGAUUUAAAGGGAAAUGCUUGCGUGUCCGGUGAGAUGCGCGCGCCGUGUGUCUAUCGACCUUCGCGAACGUCGUUGCCACGUGCGCGACCUGAUACGUCCCUGACUGCUUUCGAGAUUUCUCGUUCGUUUCCGAAACAUCGAUAAUAUCGUACGAUAUGCCUCGAAGCGUACAAUUUGCAUCCGAUUUUCUAUUAAUCCGACAAUUGUAGCGCGUUCGAAGGUCGCUGGUAGGAUGGAUAAGGAGAGGGUGGCAGCGGCGCCGUUGGGGAUGGUGAUGUUGUGGAUGGAUAGGAUAACGGUGCCGAGCGAGACGACGUUGGCGUCGGUGUCGUGGACGUUGGUGGUGGUGCCGACCAGAGUGUAUAGCUAAGAUCGAUCCAAAACCCCUUCUUUCGACCGACCGACCGACCGACCGACCAACUGACCGAACCAAUUCACCCCUUUCUCGACGCACGAGCUCGCAUUUAUUUAUCGUUCGUCAUCGUUCGACCUCGUGAAAUGCUAAUUACUUUAUCGAAGAAUUGAAAGCGCCAAAUGACGAGCGUACAUCAGAUACGAGAUACGUUGACGGUGACGCUCGUCGAAAUGGCGUCGCGACGUUCCAUGCACGCGAUAGUCGUACACUCUCACGUUUUCUAACGUUCUCGCUGUCUAAAUUUUGGAAUUUGCAGGAAGUUGCGUACAGGUGGAUAAAAUCCGAUCGUGAUACCAGGAAGCUGGUGGAUCUUAGCAAACUUUCGCGCAACUUUUUUCCCUAUUGUUACGUUCCGUUGCGUUUCGUUCUCGUUCGAAACGGACAUCGAUAAUCGCAUCGAGACGGGAACGCGGACGCGUUUCCACGGAUAUCGUGGCUAAAAACUGUCUAUCGGAACGAUAAAAUUAUGUGGGCUGCAGUUUCGAGAUCAUUGGAAAUACUGGUUGCCUUCUUCGAGUAUUACACCACCAGAACGACCGGUAGUCCGGCGAACAAGUCGGCGACAUCGACGGAUGGUAGCGGCGGUGCUGGCGGAAGCGGAAGCGCGGUUAGGGGGACGGCGGGUGGCGCCGGUGCAAGCGGAUCGGCGUCGGGGGCGAUCGGGAUCGCGGGCAGCAGCGGGUCCGGCUCGGCUUCCGCGUCCGGUUCCGGCGUGGGAAAUGCAAAUGCCGGAAUCGGUGCCUGUGCGAACGCGAUCUCUGGCAGCGGCGCCGGUGGGGUGGUAGCUGCAGGUGCCGAGCCUCGCACCCCGACCGCUGGGGCGCAAAACAAACAGCUGCAGAACGUGAAGGGCGAUCAUCCCUCGAAAGCGUUCAUGCAGAGCAGAUCCAUGUCGUUGGUCGAUAUGUACAUCGACAAUUCGGAACCGAGCGAAAACGUCGGUCAAAUUCACUUCAGCCUGGAAUACGACUUUCAGAAUACUACGCUUAUCCUUCGUAUCAUACAGGGUAAAGAUUUGCCGGCCAAGGAUUUAUCCGGGACAUCGGACCCUUACGUUCGCGUCACUUUAUUGCCGGAUAAGAAGCAUCGGCUAGAAACGAAAAUCAAGAGGCGCACCCUUAAUCCUCGAUGGAACGAAACGUUUUACUUCGAAGGUUUCCCGAUACAGAAGCUGCAAAGCAGGGUGCUGCAUUUACACGUGUUCGAUUACGAUCGGUUCUCGAGGGACGACUCGAUCGGUGAAAUGUUUCUUCCGCUUUGUCAGGUCGAUUUCUCGGAGAAGCCCUCGUUUUGGAAAGCUCUGAAACCGCCGGCAAAGGACAAGUGCGGGGAACUGUUGUGCUCGUUGUGCUACCACCCCAGCAACUCCAUCCUGACGCUGACGUUGCUGAAGGCGAGAAACCUGAAAGCGAAAGACAUCAAUGGAAAAUCAGAUCCGUACGUGAAGGUGUGGUUGCAAUUCGGCGACAAGAGGAUCGAGAAACGAAAGACCCCGAUAUUCAAGUGCACCCUGAACCCGGUGUUCAACGAGGUAUUCUCGUUCAAUGUUCCCUGGGAGAAGAUCCGCGAGUGCUCGUUGGACGUGAUGGUGAUGGACUUUGACAACAUCGGCCGUAACGAGCUGAUCGGACGGAUUCAGUUAGCUGGGAAAAACGGUAGCGGCGCGAGCGAGACUAAACACUGGCAAGACAUGAUCACGAAACCUCGGCAAACCAUCGUACAGUGGCAUCGACUGAAGCCGGAGUAAAAGGUUCCGAUCGCGAGUAUCGGAAAUCGUCGAUCCAACCCAGACCAGUAGCCAUUCAGUUUCACAGUGUUCUCGAGUUUGACGCCGAGCAUCGAGGAUGAUGAUGGUUUCUCGAUAUCGCCGACCGUUUCGAUUCCCAUUUACUUCUAACGAUUAGUCAAGAAUCGCGUCGAACGCGUCGAGAACCCGUGUAUUCAAUCUUGUUCUCAAACCUUUCUAUUACCUCCGUUUCUUUUUCCCCGCGAGUUUCUUUCGGAUCGGGGCGUACGAUCGAUCCCUUUGAUCGAUCUCUGAUUAUUCCUGACGCGACGAUACUACGCUAACCAGCAAAUGUAUUUCCGUUUCUUCGUACAUUUUCGUUGAAAUUCUGCUAAUCGCUCUUCUCGCACGCCCCGUUCGUUCGUUCGUUCGUUUUCCCUUUCUUUUCCCAGUUUCCGCGCAACAACGACUCGCGUGGAAUCGCGUGGUUUCGAGCGACCAAGACGCUCGAGCGCGGCUGGCCGGUCGGCCGAUCGACGUUACUUUCGAAACAUCAUUGACAUUUACAUCGAACGUUAUUUUUAUGACCGUUUUUGCACGAGUAACUUACGUACCGAGUACGUAAUACCGUUGCUUGGGAUACCUGUUGACGCGAUUCAGCGUUUUCCCCCCGUUACCCGUUGCCCGUUACCCGUUAUCCGUGGUGUCGUCCGGUGUCUAACGAUUCCGUCGUUCGUUCCCGCGAAUGCGAACAAAGUCGCGGCAGAGUAUCGAUUGGCUCUCCUUUCUUUUCACUUCCUUCUUUCUUUCCCUCACCAUCCCUCGUUGCACUUGUUCGAUUCCGUAGACGAUCCCCUUACCCUGUCCGUAUCAUCAGGUCUACGGUUUCAAAGAAUUCUUUUAACAAUUAUUCGUCGACAACGUUUCGACGAGCGAUCGGAACGGGACACCGGGGACGUAAUGUUGAAUUCUUACUAGUAGAAGAAAAACAGCGACAAAAAGCAGCGAUAUUUUUGACGGAAUUUUUGUAUCGACAUAGUCGGAGAUCUUUUGAAAGCGAUGAAAAUUGUGAUCGGUGUUACACCUUCAAUUAAUCUUAAGCGUUACAUUCAAUAGUUUGCUGUUGUUGACGAUAACGUAGAACGAUCCGCCGUGAUCGUAUUCAGACGACGAUUCGCAGAUUUUUGCAUAUAUGCGUAUACAUCACACGUGCAAAACAUUACAUGAACAAACGGAUACAUAUAUAUAUAUAUAUAUAUACACACACACACAUUGGUGCUCGAGGUGUGCGUGUGCGUGUACAUGUAAGUUCGAAAUAAGAACAAGUCGGCACGCAAUUGGCAGAAGUUAACGAGACGUCUGCGUGCGUUCGCGCCUCGACAAUGACGCAGGAAUAUUUUUAACUUCUGUUCGACGAUUUAAUCAAGUUAUUCACUCGCGAAAGAAGUGGCGAGAACGCGUAUUCGAGCCACCCACCCUCGUCCGAUGUUGUUUGCCGCGUCGCGUUGCGUCGCGACGCGGCGAACCGUGCACGAGAAUCUUCAACACGAAAACACACGCAACAUACACUGUUGAAAAUACAUCUGCACGUACACGCAUCGUAUAUGUGUGCACGUAAUUAUCGAGUAGCACAAAGAAAAGAAAAAGCAACAAAAAAACAAAAAACGUGUAGACUAACGUUUGUAUAUCGUAGCCUGUGUAUUAUAUACCGUUGUACGCGAAACUUUAAACGAAACCAGACGUUUCGAUUUCGCGUAAAUUCGAUUCAAACGAACGAAACGUCAUCGAAUCGAAUCGAUUAGAGUGACGAAGGAUAUAUGUGGGUAGAGUUAGAGUCGCGAUCAAACGAUUCACGUUGGAAUUCACGCGUUAGAUCCCCAUCGUGCGGUCGUCCGCGAAAGGAUUGGAAUUAGAGGGACGACGAGGUUUAAGGAAAACAGAAAAUAGAAAAAAAAGUGCCAAAACCUAAACGUAAACAGCGAAGAGAAACGUAAACGAGACGAGACGAGACGAGACGAAAGACGAAAGACGAAACGAAAGUUUUCAUCGUCGAGCAUUAUUUGUUCGAUCGUUUAUAUAGGCGCGUGCCCGGACGUGAUCGCGGACGCUGAUCGGUACGAUCGGUGAAAGCACGUUUCUCCGUAUAAAAUACCGUGUAGUUAUUACGUACUAUGCAUAUCCGAUGGUGAUAAUCGAACGCCAGAGAUUCGUGAAGUUGUUCGAGCAACCGAUUCAUUCAACUACGAAAGUUUGGCGGUUUAACGCGUUCCGUCGCGUACAGCUGGAACGCGCGUUUAUUCUAAAGAGAAAACGAGAAAACGAUAUAUAUAAAAAAAAAAAAAAAAAAAAAAAAAAGAUAAAACAACUCGUAGAGUCAAACGAUUCGUUGAGAUACGUAGUAGUGUGUAUACAGCUAAGUACGCGUUAGUUCGAACUGGAUGCGAAUUGGGCCUUAUACCAUGGAUUACCUCAAUCGUAAGCAGCUUGCGAGACAAGUUUCAGUCUGCGAUAACGAUAUAGCGAGCGUUAAGAUUUUAAUUAGGCGCGGGAACACUUUGCUGCUCUACGUUUACGAGCUUAGCGAGCCAACUCGUUUACCAAGUCCGAGUUACGGAUUCCGCCGAUCGGUCGAUCGUGUCAAAUCUUUCGCUCUCCUAUCUUCUCAUUCUUUCUCUUUCUCUAAAUUUCUUUCAUCGAAAACUCAGGAGAUGGCGAAGAGCGACGGAGAAGGGAGGAAAGCGGGUCGAGUCCAUCUGGUGAAUUCAACUCGGACGGAAACAAAUGAUAUAGUGAGAGAUGAGAAUUUAGGCAAGUUUGAACGCGUGUCGAACGGUGAAGAGAUAGAGGGCAGAAAACGUAGGAAAAUACAAUUAGUUAGAAAAUGUAGCCGACAUAAAGUGGUGCGGCGUUCGCUUACUGGAUACGCGAUAGAGCCGCUCGAACGAUUUGCCUGGAAAGGGAACAAAA